UUGUACCGUAGAUCCCAACCAUGGAGGAUAUAACAGAUCGUCACUACCAGCAAACUGAAGUCGCGCAAUGGACCUCUUUAAGGAAAUUUGUUAGGGAACUAUAGUUUCAGUGAGAGUGUAAAAUGCUUUCGAAAAGUGAGGUUAACUUUUGCUAGAAAAACAAAUCGAUUGAAACGAGGUGUUCCAAAAAGACGUUGUUUAGUUUCUUCAGGAAUACAAACAGAUUUGGAGAAGAAAUAAACAUUUUCUACUUCAACAUUAUGUUACAUGGAAUUUUACUGGCUACUACCAUAUCCACAUUCGUACAGACAUACCACAACUUACAAAAUCAGCUAGAAGAAAAAUGCACAGAAGCAACAGUGACUCUAGGCGUGAUCGCCAGCAACGAUUCAGCUUUAAAAAUCGCAUGAAGCCAAGUUCUUUACAAGAUGUGGACAAUGAUGUGGGGGGCAGAAGUGCCAGCUUACGCCACCAUAAAACACCAACAUCAGCAGUACAAGGAGCAACAAAAUCCGGCGGAACAAAUGGCGGGGGGGCUACGGUGGCUUCUAGUGUCAUUAGUUUAGGCUUUUCCAUGUCAUCCGUCAAUGAUCCGACCACCCCAUCUGGAAUGGGUCCAUUAAGUGGACAGACCCCUAAGAAAUCUAACUGGGAAGUAAUUGAGCAUUAUCACAAGUCAGGACUUCAUGGAACAUCUUCAAAUAGCCGGGGAAAGCAACAGGAGGAAUUUGGAACAGCAGUGGCAACUCCAGCAGUCAAUAAUGAAUUUGUUCUGUUGGAAGACAACAGGCGCUGCUGGUGGAAUCUGUAUCAACUUUUGAAGCGUGUUUUUCGAUCUCAUCGUUUUAAAGACGUCCACGUCGAGGUUUUAUAUCAACGUUAUUUUCUGCGGAUGAAUCAAACCAACUUGACAAGCUUGCUGGCUCUGCUUAUUGCUACUGCACUCGUUUUUACAGCGCUCAACUACGCCAUCGGCGGCAAUCAAGGCCUUCUACAGGGCGUGAUUAUAGGCUUGUUUGCUCUUCUCUAUGUCGGUCUGGAGUUGCUGGUGACCCGCUCCUUUCUCAAUGAAGUCUAUCUCAUCGUAUUCUCAUACAUAAUAUUGGCUUCAUUUGUCGGAACGGAGCUUGUGCUAGCCUUAGACAAUGCUAGGAAAUCAGCUGUAGCCGGAGCUUGGUCUACCGUAUUUUUCAUUUACAUCACCUAUACCUUUCUGCCUCUUCAUGUUCGGGAGUCGUCCAUUUGUGGCUGUCUCCUGGGAGUCACACAACUAGCGUGUGCACUAAGUCUCAAUUUCGAAGACACAAAUAUUUGGAAACAGAUAUUGGCCAAUGGGGUUUUAUUCCUAUGCACAAACAUAGCAGGAAUAUUCACCCAUUACCCAUGCGAAGUUGCCCAACGUCAAGCUUUCAUAGAAACGCGACAAUGCAUUGAGGCUCGAAUUAAUAUUCAGCGAGAAAAUCAACAACAGGAAAGAUUGCUGCUUUCGGUACUUCCACGGCAUGUGGCAAUGGAAAUGAAAGCGGACAUUGCUGGAAAGCCCAAAGAUACAAUGUUUCACAAAAUUUAUAUUCAGAGGCACGAAAAUGUCAGUAUUUUGUUUGCCGAUAUCUGUGGAUUCACAAGUCUUUCUGACCAAUGUACGGCUGAAGAGCUCGUCCGCCUACUCAAUGAACUAUUUGCCAGGUUUGACCGACUCGCAGCUGAACAUCACUGUUUACGCAUCAAGCUGUUAGGUGACUGUUAUUACUGUGUUUCCGGGUUACCAGAACCAAGGCCUGACCAUGCACAUUGUUGCGUCGAAAUGGGACUAGAUAUGAUUGAUGCAAUUGCGCUUGUAAGAGAAGUUACAGGUGUAAAUGUAAAUAUGAGAGUUGGUAUUCACACUGGAAGAGUUCAUUGCGGAGUUCUUGGACUAAGGAAAUGGCAAUUUGAUGUAUGGUCUAACGAUGUGACUCUCGCAAAUAACAUGGAAAGUGGAGGGAUUCCUGGGCGGAUACACAUUACCAAAGAGACGUUAAAAUAUCUCGGAAGCGACUACCGCGUAGAACCUGGUCACGGUGGAGAACGGAAUGGAUAUUUACGGGAUCACAACAUUGAAACAUUUUUAAUAAUUCCCAGCGAUAAAUAUCGAGAUCACCACGCCAAAAAAACCAGCAGCUACAAUUCCAUGAACGGAACGACAUCAACGUCUAAAGAAAUGCGCGUCAUGGGUCAUUCAGAGCACACGAAACAAAAUAUCCAUAACAAGCUAGGAUUUGGCGAUAACCAGGAAAAGAAAGACCCAGAAGUCGAAGUAAACGACUAUCUUGCGCGGGCUAUAGAUGCGAGAAGCAUUGACCGUCUCCGUGCGGAACAUUGCCGCCGUUGGUUACUAACCUUCCGAAAACCGGAAACUGAAGCCAAGUAUGCCAAAGAACGUGAUAGAAUGAUGGAAGCCUACUUUAUUUGCUCGUUUUUCAUCCUGGUUUCCAUUCUGAUUGUUCAGUCUAUCGUCAUCCCACAAUCAAAUGUGAUGUUAUUAACCAGCGCAAUAUGUGGUGGAAUAUUGUUACUGAUUGUUAUUAUCGCCGUCGCCGAGAAAUGCAGUUGUCUACCUGAUGAGCUUAUGAUGUUCUCUCGUCGUAUAGCUGCCAGUCAUCGUUUAACACAGCUGCUCUCAGCAUGGGUAGUUCUUAUUCUUUACGCUGUUGCAUGUGCUCCACUGGUACCUAUUUCGGAAGAAAAAAUGCCACCUUGCUUGAUUCAAUUGAUACAAUUAAAUAGCUCCACAAUACUUAACGAUGGAAGAUUCAAAGAUUUGUCGUUUCUCCCCAAUGUAUCUUUUUCUGGAAGCAGCACUGAAACCUCCAAAGAAGUAUGCACAUCCCCUUUUCCUCAGUAUGUCACACUUUGUGUCAUGCUGGCAAUGAUAUCCAGUUCAGUAUUCCAACCGAUGACAAGCUUGCUUCGCUUGGCUUUGCUGAUAAUCAUGAGUUCAGUUUAUCUUUACCUUGUGUUUGGAAGCCAUGCAGCUGUUUUCGAAUCCCAGGAUAUUCUACUGUUGAUGAGGGAUCCGCCAGACUCAACCAUAUCUUUGGGUAUGCUGACAGCUUUGAUAUUAGCUGCGUUUGUGGCUGCGUUUGUAAUUCACGGGCAACAAAUUGAGGCAACUUCGCGAUUGGACUUCUUAUGGAAACUGCAAGCAACUGAAGAAAAAGAAGAAAUGGAACAUUUACAGGCGUACAACCGGAAACUCCUUGCGAAUAUUCUUCCAGUUCAUGUCGCGGAGCAUUUUAUGUCGAUGGAUAAACAUAAUGACGAACUUUAUCAUGAACAAUGUGAAAGUGUGUGCAUUAUGUUUGCUUCAAUCCCAAACUUUCCAGAGUUUUAUGUUGAAUUGGAGUCAAAUAAUGAAGGCGUCGAAUGUCUUCGACUUCUCAAUGAAAUCAUUGCCGAUUUUGAUGAGAUUUUAAGUGAAGACCAAUUUAAAUACAUUGAGAAAAUCAAAUCGACCGGAUCAACUUACAUGGCUGCCUCUGGUCUCACAAAAGCAACAUGUGACAUGAAGAAUUUUAACCACGUAACGGCUAUGGCUGACUACGCUUUACGGUUAAGAGAGCAACUGGAUUACGUCAAUGAACAUUCCUUCAACAAUUUCAAAAUCCGAAUAGGAAUUAACAUUGGACCGGUCGUAGCAGGAGUAAUAGGUUCUCGGAAACCACAGUACGAUAUUUGGGGUAAUGCAGUAAAUGUUGCAAGCCGGAUGGAUUCAACUGGUGUACUUGACAAAAUCCAGGUAACGCAAGAGGUUUGCCAAAUUUUACAACCAAAGAGUUACCCUCUGACAUGUCGAGGAACAGUUAAUGUAAAAGGAAAGGGUGAAAUGGUUACGUACUAUUUGGACGGUUACAGCGCCGAUCGUGUUCAAGUCGAUGUCGGAACACGUUAACAGUCUAGAAAGUUAAGUAUUAUACCCACGCAAAAGAAUAAAACCGUUUCCCUUCAUAUAUAUAUUUAAGAUUUUAUUUAACUAGCGGGAAUUUCGAGAAGAUGAGAUUGGUGAUUUAAUUCAUCAGCUUGAUCUUUCGCAUUCAAUAAAUAAAUAGAUAUAUAUUGUCACAAAUUAUAUUUAACAAACUAAUUUGAGACGCAAUGUCACAACCCUAUAGGUAUACUGACCUUUAUUCAGGAAAAUAUUUUAUUAUAAAAAAAUUAGAAACAUUUGCAGAUUCACAAUAUAUGUAAUUUAAAUUGCCACAGUCGACGUGCUGGUUUUGAAUCUUUUUGAUUCUUAAAUAAAAUUAUCAUCCAAUAAUGUGACACCCCACUGAUAUUUGUAUCGGGUCACUUAAUAUCAAUCCCUAAGCUCGUGAAUCUAAGGUUAAACGGUAAUUAACAUCAGUACCAUUUUCUUAUCAAUACUUUUGCAUUGCGUGGUGAAAUCUAUGCAUUUAUCGCGUGUGCUUUUGUUUGAGGGAUUGUUACGUUUGUAUUUUUAUUGUACCUUCAUGCCAAAUGUGUUUGAUGUAAGCAAAUGUUUCGGUGUUUUCACGUGCAUGCUUCAAAAGUCAAUGCGAUACCUAUUAUAUGAAAUGAACCAAUAAUUACUGCACACUUCAAUUCAUCGCCAUCUUGGAAAUUAUCAAAUUAAAAGAGGCGUACGAAAGCAACAAAUUAUUUAAAAAAACCAACUUCUGAUUAUUUUUGAAUCUGCCAACCUCUAUCCCAUAGGAUCAAAAUACUUUCAUUCUUUGUUUUUACUUGUGACAAAAUAUGUUGAACCCCAAAUAUUUCUAUAUAAAUGAAAUUGUGCAGAGUGAUUUUUUUACUUGGAGUUUGUUACCUAUUUUUGAAUGCCAGGCAAAUAUGGAUUGCCUUUUGUAUUCAAAGAAAAUUGCCAUAACUUUUGAUUUGUAAAUCAGAUGUAUUCCAACACCAAUAUAACAUAAAAUAUAUAUUACAUAAUC